ACCGCUCGCCAGGUUUUUCCCAACGCCAAUCCACUCGUCCCUCGUGCUCUCCACUCCCCUCCGCGUCCCCACCCCGCGUCCCCGUGCACUUUUCCCCAAUCCCAAACACUUAAUUGAGCAAUUGGGAUUCCUCACGUGUGGGCUCAUUUGUAGUUUGAACACGUGGCUCAUUCAAAAAAGCCGGAAUCGCAGCGGAUUUUUUUUUCUCCCCUCUCCUCCGCGGCUGUAGACUCAGAGGCGGGCGCCAGCCUUACCGUGUGUGGCAUUCUCUGUCUCUCUGCCAAGGGCUCCGGAGGAAGACACAAAGUAGUUUCUCCUCCUUUUCAACGGCCCGCCAUCGUUCGGAGACCCGAGAUUAAUAAUUGAGCGUUUAUUUAUUGCGCGGUAGUGACCGAGGGGCGAGGGAGCGCGAACGCACCGAGGCUGCCACUUUCAAUCUAUCGUGACUCGGGGGAAGCACGCCACGGCCGCUCCAGUCGUACUGAGGGCGAUUCGAGGCUCGUACUCCGCGCGAACUGUGCACAUCUGCGACUGCGAGCGACUCUCCGGGCUCCGCACCGUCUCCCGUCAGUCUCCCGUCGGCCUACACCAUGAACAAGCUCUACAUCGGCAACGUGAGCGCGGAGGCGACCGAGAAGGACUUCGAAACUCUCUUCGAGCAAUGGAAGAUCCCCUACAACGAGCCCUUUCUCAUCAAGACCGGCUUCGCGUUCGUGGACUGCCCGGACGAGAAGGCUGCCAUGAAGGCCAUCGACGUGCUCUCAGAUAAAGUUGAACUUCUUGGGAAAAUCCUCCAUGUGGAACAUUCUGUGCCUAAACGUCAAAGGAGCUGUAAACUGCAGAUCAGGAACAUCCCGCCGCACAUGCAGUGGGAGGCGUUGGACAGUAUGCUGGCGGAGUACGGCACAGUGGAGAGCUGUGAACAAGUGAACACGGACACAGAAACGGCCGUAGUGAAUGUCCGAUACUCGUCCAGAGACCAGGCCCGGCUGGCCAUCGAGAAGCUGAACUGUGCCAUGAUGGAGAACUGCUCUCUCAAAGUGUCUUACAUCCCGGACGAAAACGCCCUGGAGGGCCCCGGGAACAGACGGGGGUUCAACUCUCGGGGCCCCCCUCGCUCGGGCUCGCCGGGUCUCAGCCCGCGGCCGAAGAGUCACCCCGACAUCCCCCUGCGCAUGUCCGUGCCCAUGCAGUUCGUCGGAGCCAUCAUCGGAAAAGAAGGCAGCACCAUCCGCAACAUCACCAAGCAGACGCAUUCCAAGAUCGACAUCCACAGGAAGGAAAACGCUGGAGCAGCAGAGAAACCCAUCACCAUCCACUCCACCCCCGAGGGCUGCACCGCCGCCUGCAAGAUCAUCAUGGAAAUCAUGCGCAAGGAGGCAGUAGACACGAAGUUUAACGAGGACGUUCCCCUGAAGCUCCUGGUCCAUAACAACUUCGUGGGGCGACUCAUCGGGAAAGAAGGAAAGAACCUGAAGAAGCUGGAGGAGGAAACGUGCACCCAGAUCCUGAUCUCUGCUUUUAACGACAUGACCAUGUGCAACCCCGAGAGAACCAUCACCAUCACCGGCGCCAUCGAACCCGCCACCAAAGCCCAGGAGAAGAUCAUGAAGAAAGUCCGAGAGGCUCACGACAGCGACAUGGCCGCCAUGAGUCUACAGUCGACGAUGAUCCCAGGCCUAAACCUCAACGCCCUGGGUCUGUUCCCUCCGGGGGGCCCCUGCAUGGGCCCCUCCAUGUCCAACAUGCCCCCUGGAGCCUACGGCGGGCACGGCGCCUUCGGAGCCCAUCCAGAGUCUGAGUCGGUGAACCUGUUCAUCCCGGCUCACGCCGUGGGGGCCAUCAUCGGGAAACAGGGCCAGCACAUCAAACAACUGUCACACUUCGCCGGAGCCUCCAUCAAAAUCGCCCCCGCAGAAGCUAAAGACUGUCAGUACAGGAACGUCAUCAUCGUGGGACCUCCAGAAGCUCAGUUUAAGGCCCAGUGCAGGAUCUUCAGUAAACUAAAGGAGGAGAACUUCUUCGGCCCUAAAGAGGAGGUGAAGCUGGAGGCUCACAUCAAGGUGCCUUCGUUCGCCGCAGGCCGAGUCAUCGGGAAAGGCGGGAAAACGGUGACGGAGCUGCAGAACCUCUCCUGCGCUGAGGUGGUGGUGCCCAGAGACCAGACGCCGGACGAGAACGACCAGGUGGUGGUGAAGAUCACGGGACACUUCUUUGCGUGUCAGUUGGCCCAGAGGAAGAUCCAGGAGAUCCUGGCUCAGGUUCGCCGCCAGCAGCAGCAGCAGCAGCAGCAGCAGCAGCAGCAGCAGCAGCAGCAGCAGCAGCAGCAGGUGAAGCCCCCGGGCCCCGGGGCUCCGGCCCCCGUGCCCCGCAGGAAGUGAGCGGAGCGGGGAGCAGACUGCACAACGCGACCAGAGAGCCGUCAGAGCGGGGAGGGGCCCUCCCCACUUGAACUGCGCGCGGCUCCUCCUGUGCCGUCGCCCCGCGCUCUGACCGGCCCCUGGCCCCACCCCCACGGGGCCCUUUUUCAGUUUCACAAACACACGGACAAUACCCUUCACCUGGGUGGCACUGGCCCCGGCAGAUUCACACGACUUUAGUUUCUCUUGAGUGUUUCAUGGUGGUUGAAGGUUUCUGCUCAGUUUUCUGUGGAACAUGGCGGACGGCGGUGAAGGUCCCGGUUGGACCUAGAGAUUUAUUUGGGGGGAGGGUUGGGGACAGCUUAGUUUGAGCACAGGGCUCUGGUCGGGUCUUGUUCGUGAUUAUGGGGCAUUUUAUAAAUUCGGAUGCAUUUUAUAGAUAGACCUUAUAUACAUAGAGAUAUAUUAGGAGGUGAGGGCAGAGCACUGACAGACGCUCGGGGAAACGGUGCCCAUGCUGCUGCCCGUUUAAAAAGCAAUCGAAUAUGCAUUUUACGUAACUACCUCAGGCUCGAGUACCUCAAGAGAAAAGAAAAUGAUUCUAUAUAUGGAAAAAAAGUUCCUUUUUUUAUUUUGCUUUGGUGGUAUUUUGUAUACUUUAUAAAGCUGAUAGUCUUUGAACAGUUUUAUUUUUUUAAGAAAAAUUCUGAUGAGGUCCGCUGCCAUGUGACCUUUAGCCUGGGCCUCAAUGACCUCAGUUUUUCCCCUGAGGCUGCACCUGGAGCCGUGCAGAUCCGCCGCCCCCUCACCCUCUCU